UAUUUUGUUAUUUACAUCGUCAUUCACUCCGUUUCGCGUAAUUCAUAAGAGGCUUCGAAAAGUCAUUGUAAGAACCUCAGCCAGAUAAACCGAACAGCAAAAUCAUUCCGUUAAACAGAACGAAAUUUCGUAACUAUUAACUGUUUGGUAGUGUAGUGGUUGCUUUUCCGCCAGUGCAACCCAAGUCCGUUCAACUGUUUGUGUUUUUUUUUUUCUCAGGGAAGGAAAGCAGCCUGCUGCGAGCGCUAAUUCGAAACAAUGUUUCAGUUCAACGGGUUCAAUAUGAUGUUUCCGGACCACUCGCGUCCUUUUAAUACGACAUACAAGUGCUACUCGGUGUCGAUGCUACCCGGAAACGAACGGCAAGAUGUAGAAAACGGAGGAAAAAUUAUAAUGCCACCGUCUGCGCUGGACCAGCUGACGAGAUUGAAUGUGGAAUAUCCAAUGCUGUUCAAAUUGACCAACAGCAAUAUAAAUCGCAGCACACACGCCGGCGUGUUAGAGUUUGUGGCCGACGAGGGAAAAAUCUACAUUCCCUAUUGGAUGAUGCAUAACUUGCUGCUGGAGGAAGGUGAUAUUGUCCAAAUUGAAAGUGUCAGCAUCCCGGUAGCAACGUACAGCAAAUUUCAGCCACAGAAUGUAGAGUUUUUGGAUAUCACAAACCCGAAGGCUGUCCUGGAGAAUUGCCUGAGGAACUUUGCCUGUCUCACAACCGGAGAUCUGAUUGCGAUCAAGUAUAACAAUACCACGUACGAGCUGUCGGUUCUGGAAACGAAGCCUGGUCCGGCGGUGACGAUCAUCGAAUGUGACAUGAACGUCGAGUUCGCUCCCCCUGUUGGCUACACGGAGCCCAACAAGCGUUCCAAAGAGGACGAACCGAUGGCGGUUGAUCCGGCCGAACUGAUGCCCGAACCUGCUGGAUUUGUUGCGUUCAAGGGAGCUGGAACCCGACUAGAUGGCAAGAAGAAAAAAGAAGGUGGCUCGAGUGAAGUGCCAUCGGCACAACGGGCCAACUAUGUUCGUGGCAUUCCGGACUACGAUCAUCCGUUCGGAUUGCUACGAUUUGAUCGGACAGUGCGGAAGGUCGAAACGCAGGAUAGUAAGACCGAGGAGGAUAACUUCAAGGCCUUCCAGGGGGAAGGGUUCAGCUUGAAGAAGAGCCGGAAAUGAGUUUGAGGUGUAUUUUUCUUAUAUGCGUACUUGGAAUAAAUUAACUUUUGCGUGAUAUAUGACUGAA